GUCUGGCUAGGUUAUGCAUGUCCUCCCAGUGCACAUUCCAUGUCUGAAUGGCGUGCUGCCUCCCAGCAACGUGGCUGUUCCGUCUCCAUUUUGCUUUCACGACUCACUAUGCUUGGUCUUAAGCCGUCAACAUCAGAGGGUCACCUCGAGCACUAGACUGCCCCCAUGGCGUUCUUCUGCAUCUUGAAGGCCCUUGUCACACUCCUGCAUCGACCUGCUCUAAAAUUCCUGUCCGCUUGCAAGCCACAUGCAUAUGCACCUUCUUCUCCUAUUGAUAAGGCCACGGAUAUCCGUCCUCAAGGGUUUCCCACCUCGAUCCUCUCUGGCAUAGAGGGCCCUAGUGCUUCACUAUAUAUGUAUCCCGAGUCUCGCAAGGCUAAAUCUCUUUACGCCCUGCUCUGGUUGCUUUCUACAUUAUCAUCUGAAUCCACAAUGCCCCAGGAUGCUGCAAAGCCCAAUCAGUUUCAGGCUUCAGUACCUCAAGCCUGCAUUCCAAAAACAUCCUCUUGUCCAAUCGAUAUUCGACCUAGCGAAAGCUCGACGAGAGCGCAACCUUCGUCCGGCCAGACAUCAGCAUUUGGCUCCGCCCCACCGAAACAAUUCGCCGUCUCGAGAAGCUGCAUAGUUUCGAAACCUAGCAGCUCAUUCACAACAUGGGAUAACCCGAUAUGUUGCGGUUUCAUCAGCGAUGAAGACCUUGGUUCUAACGACGAAGAAGCGCCUAUUCUAGAGGAGGCAUCAUCACCACCAAAACCAUAAUUACCAGUUCUACCUCGAUCAAAAAGGGAGAAAGUGGAUCGGUCGCGACAGGCACACCGUAUAUUACAGAGCAGAGUGGCAGAGAAGACACUACCACAGAUUAGCGAAAAUUCGAGGGAGGAGGCCGAAUGAAACUAGAAAUACGAAGUACACAUGCUUCAAUCGAGGACGU